CAUCAUCAUCAGAAAAGCGGUGGCCGCGAUUGCAGCAGAGAGAGAGAGAGAGAGAUGAAAUGGGGCCUACUUGUGAUGAGGUUGGCCACUGAUAAUUGGGCAUGUGUAGGAAGCAUAGAUAUGGUUGUCCUCUUCAAUCUUAAUUACCUUUCUCUCCAAUCACCACCACUCCACUAUCAAAUUGAAAGCAACGACUGUAAUUAAUGACCGAGGUUGGGCCGCCGCCGUCGUGCCGGGCCGCCCUUGCACCCGCCGGAUUCAGGAGAGACCGGCCAAUUCUCAAACUCAAAUGGCAAGGCGCCGUUACGAAACCUUUGCGGCUGAUGAAGAUAGACGCUCAAAUAGUGAAUCCAACCACCUACUCUUCACGAAUUUCCACUGACAUCCCUCUCUACGAAAUUCCCGGGGCUUCCUUUGAUGAGUAUUUGGAAGAUAAGCCCAGGGUUUUUAAGGCCAUCUUUCCAGAUAAGCGUAGGAGCGACCAAAUCAAUCAGGACGUGUGGAGGGUACGGAUGCUACCAAUAGAAUUCCUAUUUCUGACCGUGUCACCAGUAGUCGACAUGAGGCUAAGAUGUAAAUCUAGUGGGAUUGGAUACCCACCCGGAAUCCCUCCCGAUAUUUCAAAAGUUCUUGAUCUUGAAAUCAUUAAGUGGGAGCUGCAGGGCCUAGAUGACAUUGUCAAGCCAUCGGAAUUCUCCCUAUGCGUGAAAGGGGCUCUCUAUCCUGACAGACGUGGAUCACGCAGCAGGUUGAAAGGCCAACUACAGAUGAGCAUAAGCUUCGUCCUACCUCCCGUGCUUUCGUUGGUUCCUGAAGACAUCCGAAGAGAUGUUGCUGAGUCGGUUUUGAAGAGUUUGGUGGGCAAUAUGAAAGAUAAAGUAAAUGGAAGCUUGACGGCAGACUAUAGUCAAUUCAAGAGAGAAAGACCAAAGGCUUUAGCAUGAUGAGAUUCAACACAACGUGCCUCUCGCAUGCAAAGCGAGCGCUCUACCAUUUGAGCUACGUCCCCUUUUGUUAUUCUUCCCUUAUAUCUAACUUUAUAUUCAUAGCAUAUGACGCCUUAAAACAAAAGUGGCUAAAUUUACUUUUAUUGCAUGAAAAAAUAGAGAAUUUGUAUCAUAAAAUGGUAAGUUAAAUCUUUUAUCCAUAAAAUUGUUGUA